AUGAAAUUCCUUUCCGAGUUUUCUUUAUUGAAUAUAGGAAAUCUUAUCUGUUGCCUUGGAUUAUCUGUAAUAGCUCCAUUUUAUCCAACAUAUGCUGAAAAAUUUGAUGUUUCAGGAUCCUUAUUAGGUCUCAUUUUUGCUAUUAAUCCAAUAGGAGGAAUAUUGUCUUCAUUAAUUGUUGGAAAGAUUCUAAAUAAAGUAAAAUUUUAUACUAAUUUAUACUAAGAACAAUCAAACUAAUCUUUUAUCAUUAGGAAUGCUAAUUUAAUCUAUUGGAAUGUUUUGUUAUCCAUUUUUAACAUUUACUACUAAUAGAACAUUAUUUAUUAUCAUUUCCUUAUUAGGAAGGUUUAUAAGUGGAUUUGUAAUAUAUUAUAAAUAUUUUAGGGAGCAUAAACAUUUGUAACUCCUCUUUAUGCAAUAAUUACAUAGAAAUAUGCUGAUUCAAUCAAUUAAAAAAUGGCCAUCACAGAAUUUUUUUCCUCUUUUGGGUAUUUAUGUGGUCCAGUAAUUGGAUCGACCUUAUAUUCUAUAGGUGGAUUUUCAUUUCCAUUUAUUGUAUUUGGUUGCUUUUCUGUAAUCAUAGCCAUCAUAUUAAAAUUAAAUUUUGAGAAAUAAGAAAAAAGAGCCAUUAAUAAAGUUAAUGAAUCUGUGAUAUCUGAUAUAUACGAUAUAGAUUGCUCAUCAAAAUCAUUAUUUAUUGAUGAAGAAAAUGAUGUAUCAAUUGGUUAUUUUGAUCUUAUUAAAUAUUUCCCAGUAUCAUCAUCAUUAUUUGUAAUUUUAGCAUUAUGUAUUACUUUUACAUUUUAUUAUCCGACUUAUGCAAUCUUUUUUGAAGAGAAUUUUAACAUUCCACCCUAACAUGUAGGUUUUUAUAUGUCUGCAGUUUCAUUAGCAUAUAGUAUUGGAGCUUUGACUAUAUCUCGAAUUUCUGUGAAUAAAUCAAUAGCUAUUUUUACAGGGAUGGUUUUUGUAUCGAUAUCAUAAUUUUUUAUGGGUCCAGAUCCAAUAAUGAAUAUCAGUCCUAGAAUAUUAAUUACUGUUAUUGUAAAAUUAAUAAAUAUAUAUAAAUUAAUACUAUUUAAAAGAAUGAAAAUUUAAUUUAAUUAUUAUAAUCUAUCUAUUUAAAUAAACAAUAGUGCUUAAUCAAUUUUUGGAUUUUUUUCUGCACCACCUUACAUAAUGGCACUCCCUAAAAUAACAGAAGAAUUAUAAAAUAGAUUUCAAAAGUCAGAUCAUGAUAAAUGUAUUAUAGAAUUAAAUAUUAAUUGUUAUAACUCAUUAGCAUCUGGUUUAUUUAAUGCUGUUAUUUCAACUGGUGAUUUUUUAGGUCCAGUAUUUUCAGGUGUGAUGGCUGAGUUCUUUUCGUUUCAAAGAUCAUGCAGUUUUUUAGGUUUGUAUUUAGUUGCUACAACUUUACUAUUUCUUCCAAAUCUAUUCAUAUCUAAGAAAAUUAAGAAAGUUUAAAUUAAAUCUUAUAAAGAAUAUUUAUGA